AUGACCAACGAAAAGAUCGAUCUUUCUAGAGCACGACUGAAAGCAGCUCAAGAUCGGCAAAAAGCCUAUGCGGACAAGAGAAGACGUCCUAUCGAGUUUCAAGUUGGAGAUUAUGUUUUACUGAAAGUAUCUCCAUGGAAGGGCAUAACCCGUUUUCGUAAACGGGGUAAAUUGGGUCCUCGUCAUAUUGGACCAUUUAAGAUUGUAGCCCGAGUCGGGAAGGUUGCUUAUCGCUUAGAAUUGUUGUCUACUCUAGACGGGAUUCACAAUACUUUUCCUGUAUCACAAUUGAGAAAGUGCCUUGCGGAUGAAACGGCGUUCGUGCCUCUUGACGACAUUGAAUUGGAUAAGGGAUUAAACUAUGUUGAAAGACCGAUAGCCAUUAAAGAUGUUAAAGUAAAGAACCUUCGUAAUAAAGCCGUUAGACAAGUCCUUGUACAAUGGCAACAUCAGAAAGGAUCGGAAAUUAAAUGGGAAGCGGAAGAUGAAAUGCGAAAGCACUACCCCUUUUCUCUUCGGUACGUAAAUAAUUAA